AUGGUUUCCAUUUGGCGUUUCGUGAAAAAUGUCCGGGGUUUUCGAGCUGCUUUCUCUCUCGUCGCCGCCGCCGCCGCCGCCGGUGGAAUGCCAAACAGCACAUUAACCGCGUUUGUUUUUAGCGUCGUCUACCCUGCGACAUCGGUGAGGCCGGUCCGGAUAAACGAUAGGACUUGGCAAGCCCACCACCACCGUAGUUGUCGUCCUUGUUCCCCCGGGACGAAAUACUGCACUUUCGUCAGUGGCGACGAAAACCGUUUUAAGAACGACAACCGUUUCCAGCCACCGUUGUUCCAUGCAGCAUCGACUUGUGUGUGUAGUUUUUGGCCACCGCAGGCCGUUUGCAGCGAGUCCAACGAAAUAAAAACAGUAAAAAACCGCAGUUCCGCCCUCCCGCCCUUACUUCGGAAACGCGAACAGAUGUUCAGACGAUCGUAUACACCCAACUCGCCGGCGUCACGCUGA